AUGUCCACCGCUGCACGACGCCGCUUGAUGAGGGACUUCAAGCGUAUGCAGACAGAUCCUCCCACCGGCGUGUCAGCCUCUCCCCUCGCCGACAAUGUCAUGACUUGGAAUGCCUUGAUUAUUGGCCCUACAGAUACCCCCUUCGAAGACGGCACGUUCCAACUCGUCAUACAAUUCGAAGAAACUUACCCCAAUAAGUCUCCCGAGGUGAAAUUCGUGUCACAAAUGUUCCACCCCAACGUAUACGGCACGGGCGAGCUGUGCCUGGAUAUCCUACACAACCGAUGGUCCCCCACAUACGACGUCGCAGCGCUCUUGACCUCGAUCCAGAGCCUGUUGAACGACCCUAACACCGGCUCUCCGGCCAACGUCGAAGCGAGCCAUCUGUACAAUGAGAACCGGAAGGAGUACACCAAGAGAGUGAGGGAGAUCGUGGAAAAGAGCUGGGAAGAUUGA